AUGUCUUAUCGCUCCUACAGAGUCAGCUCCGGUCACCGGAUGGGCAACUUCAGCUCUUGCUCAGCAAUGACCCCCCAGAACCUGAACCGUUUCCGGACAAGCUCUGUCUCUUGCAGCAGUGGGCCUGGCUUCCGGAGUCUUGGUGGCUUUGGUAGUCGGAGUGUCAUCAGCUUUGGAUCCUGCUCACCUAGAAUGGCAGCUGUGGGGCCUCGUCCCAUCCGCUGUGGAGCUGGUUUCGGAGCUGGCAGUGGGAUGGCCUUUGGCUUUGGUGAUGGACAUGGUAUUGGUCUGGGCGUUAGGGCCGGCAGUAGUGUGGGUCUGGGGUUUGGAGCUGGCAGUGGCCUUGGCUAUGGUUUUGGUGGCCCUGGCUUUGGCUACAGACUUGGAGGAGCUGGAGUCCCAGCAGCUCCAUCUAUCACAGCUGUGACGGUUAACCAGAGUCUGCUAACACCUCUCAACCUGGAGAUUGACCCGAAUGUCCAGAGGGUGAAGAAGGAUGAGAAGGAGCAAAUCAAGACCCUCAACAACAAAUUUGCCUCCUUCAUUGAUAAGGUGCGGUUCCUGGAGCAACAGAACAAGCUCUUAGAGACCAAGUGGAGUUUCCUCCAAGAGCAAAAAUGUGCCCGGAGCAACCUGGAUCCUCUUUUUGAGAACUACAUCACCUCACUUCGGAGGCAGCUGGAAGUACUGGUCAGUGACCAGGCACGGCUGCAGGCAGAGAGGAACCACAUGCAGGAUGUACUGGAGGGCUUCAAGAAGAAGUAUGAAGAGGAGGUAGGAUGCCGAGCCAGUGCUGAGAACGAGUUCGUGGCCCUGAAGAAGGAUGUGGAUACGGCUUUCUUGAAUAAAUCGAGUCUAGAGGCCAAUGCUGAUACUCUCAAUCAGGAGAUCGAGUUCCUGAAGGUCCUGUACUUGGAGGAAAUCCAGCUGCUCCAGUCACAUAUCUCUGAGACUUCAGUCAUUGUGAAGAUGGACAACAGCCGGGACUUGAACCUAGAUGGGAUUAUUGCUGAUGUCAAGGCCCAAUAUGAGGAAGUGGCCAGGCGCAGCCGUGCUGAUGCUGAGUCCUGGUACCAGACCAAGUAUGAGGAGAUGCGGGUGACGGCCAGCCAGCACUGUGAUAACCUCCGUCACACGCGGGAUGAGAUCAAUGAGCUGACCCGGCUGAUCCAGAGGCUCAAGGCAGAGAUUGAGCACGCCAAGGCUCAGCGUGCCAAGCUGGAAGCCGCAGUAGCCGAAGCAGAGCAGCAGGGUGAGGCAGCCCUCAACGAUGCCAAGUGCAAGCUGGCAGAUCUGGAGGGCGCCCUGCAGCAGGCCAAGCAGGAUAUGGCACGGCAGCUGCGGGAGUACCAGGAGCUCAUGAAUGCCAAGCUAGGCCUAGACAUCGAGAUCGCCACCUACCGGCAGCUGCUGGAAGGGGAGGAGAUCCGGAUCUGUGAAGGUGUUGGACCAGUAAAUAUAUCUGUGAGCAGCUCACGGGGAGGUGUGGUAUGCGGCCCUGAGCCCUUCGCCAGCUCCACCUUCUCCCGUGGAGUAAGCAGCAGCAGCAGCAGCAGCAGCAUCCGGGCCACUGGAGGGGCCUUCACUUCCUGUGGCUCCAGCCUGGGUGGGGGCCGGAGCACUCUGGCCAGUGGGGACCUGCUUAGUGCAGGCAGCAGAGGGGGCUCAGUGCUGGUGGGCGAUGCUUGCGCCCCCAGUGUCCCCUGCCCACUGCCCACUGAGGGCAGCUUCAGCAGCUGCAGCGGUGGCAGGGGCAAUCGUACCUCCAGCGUCCGCUUCUCAUCCACCACCACCUCUCGCCGGACCAGAUACUGA